GGCAGCCUGGCCGAUGGACGCAUUAUCGACAGCUCUCUGAGCAGAGACCCUCUGGUUAUAGAACUUGGCCAGAAGCAGGUGAUCCCAGGUCUGGAGCAGAGCCUUCUAGACAUGUGUGUGGGAGAGAAGCGGAGGGCCGUCAUCCCUUCCCACCUGGCCUAUGGAAAACGCGGAUUUCCACCGUCUGUCCCAGCGGAUGCAGUGGUGCAGUAUGACGUGGAGCUCAUCGCACUGAUCCGAGCCAACUACUGGCUAAAGCUGGUGAAGGGCGUUUUGCCCCUGGUAGGCAUGGCCACGGUGCCAGCCCUCCUAGGCCUCAUCGGGUAUCACCUGUACAGAAAAGCCAGCCAGCCUAAAGUCUCCAAAAAGAAGCUCAAGGAGGAGAAACGAAACAAGAGUAAAAAGAAAUAAUAAAUAAUAGUAAUUAAAAACAAAAAAAACCUCUGCAUUCUCACUGGA